UACCUCUAAUCUCAACCACCGCCUCGUAAAACUCUAAUUUUCUAUAGUUUAUUGAAUUUAAACUAGUUUAUGUCAAUCAUUGCUUGUGUUCUGUGCUCUAACUAGCUGCUAACCAUCGACUACGUUCUUUAUUAUCAUUUCAUUUAAACCUUUACAAACCUUUUGCUCCAUUUUGAGCUUGAGCUUGGUUAUUUGUGUAGUAAUUUUGAUAGGCAUAUAUGGUCCGAAGACAGAAUUUGCUAUUCCAACUAUGGUUGAAUCUGUGUCAAUUUUAGGAAACUCUGCACCAACUGAAAAUGGUAUUAAUCACGUUACAUUGCUUCCUGCAUCUAAUGAUGAUCAUGGGGGUGUAAUAGUGGACAUGAUUGAGCCUGUGGAACCUGAUAUCUUUCUUACCAUGCUCAGAGCUUCAAUAUCACUGUGGAGGCAACAGGAGAAGAGGGGAGUUUGGAUUAAGUUGCCCAUUGAACUUGCAAAUCUUGUAGAAACUGCAGUUAAGGAAGGAUUCUGCUACCACCAUGCUGAGCCAAGUUACCUCAUGCUUGUUUACUGGAUUCCUGAGACUUCAAGUACAAUCCCUGCAAAUGCUUCACACCGAGUAUGUGUUGGUGCUGUUGUUUGGAAUGACAAAAGAGAGGUACUUGUUGUCCAGGAAAAACUUGGCGCAUUUCGAGGAACAGGGGUCUGGAAAAUUCCCACUGGAGUUGUUGAUGAGGGUGAGGAUAUCUUCAUGGCAGCUACAAGAGAAGUAAAAGAGGAGACAGGAAUUGACACAGAGUUUCAGGAGAUUUUGGCAUUCAGAGAGACACAUAAGUCAUUCUUUGGGAAGUCAGAUUUAUUCUUCCUGUGCUUCCUGCAUCCCCUGUCUUUUGACAUCCAAAAGCAAGAAUUAGAGAUCGAGGCAGCCCAGUGGAUGCCAUUUGAGGAAUACGCAGCUCAACCUUUUGCCCAGAAGCAUGAACUAUUCAAGUAUAUUGCUGACUUAUGCUUAGCAAAGGUGGACAGAAAUUAUGCUGGAUUUUCCCAACUACCUACAACAUCAAUUUUUAAUGACCAGAUAAGUUACUUGUAUACGAACAUCCGAGAAUUGAAGCAGUCGAGUCCUGCUGAUCAUCCGAUAUUUUAAUGACCAACUAAUAUUGUUGUACUAAUCUAUUGUGCAUCUGUUAUUUCAUUUAUUGAUGUUUCCAUUGCCUACAUUUGUUUUUUUGUUUGACUUUUGGUUACUUUGAUAAUAUUAAUGGGACAAAUUCCAUUUGUCA